CGUGGAACGCUACCCCGUGGAUCACUCCGCAGAUCCACCUUCCCCGAGUCAUGCAUGCAUGCAAGCAUCGAUGGCUCAGGCAACCGUGCAAAUUUGGACACCGCGAAGACGGCCUGGCCUGGUAGGUAUAUCUAGCAUUCGAGGGUUUUCAAUCCAUCUCGGCAAAUAUCAGACUCGAUGAUCCAACCGAAAACUACUCCACUCCUCAGUCCGUAAUUCAUUGCAGCAUGGCCGACGACCACAACCGUCUUCCCGCGUGGGUAAAACCACAGCACUACCAUUUGUCUCUUUUCGACCUCGUCACCAAGGAUCCUUGGACAUAUCAAGGCCGUGUCCGCAUUGAGCUCGCGCUUCAACGUGAGACUAAAACCAUCACACUGCACGCGCGCUAUCUUCAAAUCCACGCCGCCGAGAUAUUGAUUAAAUCUGCCAAGGCUGAGGAGACACUCAAAGCCAUUGACAUCAUUCACGAUGCUCACAAGCAGCGAUGUACCUUCACCUUUGACCGCACCGUGCCAGCCACCACCGACCAUAAUGCCAUCUUGUCCAUCAGCUUCCAGGGCACGAUGAACGAUGACCUGGUGGGCUUUUAUCGAUCUACGUAUGAGAUCGAUGAGGACGACGAUGAUGACGAUGAAGACGAUGAGGAUGAUGACGAUGAAGGUGAUGAAGAUGAAGAUGACGAUGAGGACGAGGGAAAGUACUCAAUGUUCAGCACCCAAUUCCAACCCUGCGAAGCGCGGCGAGCCUUCCCAUGCUUCGACGAGCCCAACUUGAAAGCGACGUUCGAUUUCGAGAUUGAAACUCCCGCCGACAUGAUUGCCUUGAGCAAUAUGCCGGUCAAGAAAGUCUCCCCUUCGGCCGCUGCCCACGGCCGCAGUCUCACCGUCUUCGAGCGAACGCCCAUCAUGAGCGUGUAUCUGCUCGCCUGGGCGGUGGGUGAUUUCGAGUACAGCGAAGUUCGUACUACCCAGCCAAGCGGCCGCACUUUGCCAAUUCGGCUCUACACCACCAAGGGACUCAAAGCACAGGGCCGCUUCUCGAUUGAGCUGGCGGAGAAAGUCGUGCCCUACUUCACGGAGAAAUUCGAUAUCGAGUAUCCGCUUCCUAAGCUUGAUAUGCUAGCAGUCCAGGACAUGGCGGACAGCAUGGAGAAUUGGGGUCUGCUGACAUUCGAGAUGAUUGCGCUGCUAUUUGACCCUGCCACAUCUGACCCGUCGAGCAUCAGCGAGGUGGCCUAUACUGUGGCGCACGAGAUUGCUCAUCAAUGGUUUGGAAACCUCGUCACUAUGGAUUGGUGGGAUGAUCUCUGGCUGAACGAGGGCUUCGCCACCUGGGCCGGAUGGCUCGCAAUAGACCACUUUUUCCCACAAUGGAACGUCUGGGCGGGAUUCGUGGCCAAUGAUAUGCAAGACGGGCUUGAAUUGGAUGCAUUGCGAUCGAGCCAUCCCAUCCGGGUUCCGGUGGACGAUGAUCUGGAAGUCGACUCGAUCUUUGACUCGAUUUCUUACGACAAGGGCUGCUCAUUGAUUCGAAUGGUAGUCGCUCACAUGGGGGUGUCGCCAUUCUUGCAGGGAGUCUCGAACUAUUUGAAACAGCAUUCGUACGGCAAUACGAAGGCUGAAGAUCUAUGGGCGGCUCUGAGCCAAGUUUGUCAGGAGGAUCUACUACCAUUUGUCUCCGGCUGGGUUGGAGAAGUCGGCUUCCCGGCUCUGACGGUCGAGCAAGACGCCUCUUCCAAAGCCCUGCAAUUGCAACAGCGCCGCUUCGGCUAUGCCGACCUUUCCGCUAUCGACUCCGGCAAGACCUUGUGGUGGAUCCCACUCACCCUUGCGAGCAGGAAAGACAAAAUGUUCUUCAAAAGCCGGCAUAUGAUUCUACCCGAGGGCGUGGACUUGCCUCGCGUCCCAAACGUCGACUAUGCCGGCUUCUUCCGCACCAGCUUUUCCCCUCGUCAACUUCAAUUGGUGGCUCAGGAUCUUGGUCUGCUCUCCGUGACAGAACGAGCCGGGCUCGUUGCGGACGUCUCGGCGCUCGCGGCAGCAGAGACUUCCGAGGUCAACACGGCUACACUCUUCGAGUUCUUGGAGGCCUUUCGAGACGAAGACAACUACCAUGUAUGGAGCACAAUCCUCUCCAGCGUGGCAUUCGUGCAGUCCAUGUUCUCCCAUCACGCUGCAAUCAGCAAAGGACUCGACCGCUUCAUCCGAGACCUCACCUCCAAAGCAGCAGCGAAAUUCGGCGGCUGGCCCGACUCAACCACCGCUGCAGCCAAAGCACCAAUCGACUACCUCCCCGGCGAGCUGCGAAAAGAACUCCUCCUAACCCUAGGCCUAGCAGGAGACGAAGCGGUCGUGUCGCAGUCAAUCCAACGCUUCAAGUCCUUCUUCGCGGACAAAAAGCGUUCCGCAAUCCCGCCAUCCCUCCAGCCCGCCGUCUUCCAAGUGGCCGUCAAACACCUCGGCCGCGAAGCGUACCAUUUGCUGCGAAAGGAGUACUCCCAAACGACGUCCAUUGAUGGCGAAGAGAUGAUUCUGGAAGCAAUGGCUGAAGCACUACAGCCUGAGCUCGCCGCGGAGUUUCUGCACUUCACAUUCAGCGACGACGUGGGGAUUCAGAAUGCGGGGACUGCGACGAGUAGUCUGGCGGCGAAUCCUGAUGUGAGGGUGCGCGAGGCUCUGUGGGCGUAUAUCCGGGAGAACUGGGAGAUGGUUUAUGCGCGGCUGGGAGGGUCGAUGGUCGUUUUUGAGCGGUUCAUUCGCGGGUCGUUGGAGACGUUGACGUCGGAUGAGACGCGGAAGGCGAUUGAGGAGUUCUUCCGAAACAAGGAUACUACCGGGUAUGGAAGGGGGGUUACGAUUGCUGUGGAGAAGAUUGGGAAUAAUGCGCGGUAUAUUGCGCGGGAUGAGGGUGUGCUUCAGGAGUAUCUUGGGAGGAAGGGAUAUAUUUCUGGUUAGAAAUUAGAAAGUAUAGAUAGAGCAUAAGAAAGUUAGAUGAUAGCCUUACAACCAGUGCGUG